CUCCUUUGCUGAUGAAUUGGUCAACCACAUAUCCUGCAUGACUGUGUAUAUGUGUAAAUAACCUUCACCUUAAUUUAAGUGGUAAUGUGCCAGGUGAUGUACCGUACUUAAUUUUUUGACUCUGUCUAAAAGCAGACGAUUUUACUUAUUUAAGGGGAGAGUGCUGCCACCUAAUGGAUAAUAAAUAAAUUAGAUUUAUUUUCUGCUUUAAUAUUUUGGCUAAAUUAUGCUAAUUCUGGAAACUUAUAGAGGUUUGUUCAGUCCACAAUUUGAAGAACAUUAUGUUUCAAAUGAUGCUCCUGAAUUGGCAAGACAGGUACAUACAGUAUAUAGAAACGAUUUGCUAUCCAGUAUUGAUAAUAUUAUAAUGAUCGAUUAUGUACUGUACGUACUGUACUGUAUAUUAUCCAGUCAAACCUCUUAUUAUAAGUACCUCCCUAACACAGACUCCUUUUAUUAUAUAUGGACCAGUGUCCUAAUUACAUUGGGUGUACCAUUCAAGCAUGUACUAACAACACAUUUAGCUUUUUCAAUAAUCACAUAAUUUGUAUAAUAAUUAUUAUAUAGUUAAAAUGGUUAUAAAAUGGUUAUUAUGUACCUGUAUAUAUAGUUAAAAUGGUUUCAGAAUUUUUUAAACUUUUAUUUACUAGAUACCUCAUGAGCAUUGUUUUUAUCAUGGGACGGUCAAAGGAGAAGAAAAUUCAGUUGUGUCAUUGAGUACUUGUGAUGGAAUUGAGUUAGUAUAUAAUUGUAUAUAUUAUAUAUAUUCACUUAAGAGUUGAUUUCUAAGAAAAUUAGUAGCUAUAUGAGCUUCAGAUGUCUAUAAAACAGUGAAAAAUGUCAUAACCAAACAUGUAAACAAAUUGUACAGACUUGGGAACAAAUUAUAUAACCACAAAGUCUUACAUAAGCUAGGUUCUACCAUAUUAAAUUUCAACAUAUUAGGACAAUACAUGAUAAUUAAUAUUACCUUUAAAACAACAAUUAAUGUCCAUGAUCGAGGUGCAUGACAUGUCUGACUUCUCAGUGUGGCUUUAAACUUUUGUUGUAAUAUUUUAGAGGAGUUAUCAGAACAGAUGAUGAUACUUUUUAUAUCCAUCCUUUAAAGUCACAAGAUGGUCAAGUAU